CUGUCUCAUUCUCAAAUGUAAAAAACAUAAAUAAAGUUUACAUAAAACUGAAUGUAUGAAUGCAGACUUAAAUAAUGAUUUUGUAAAUAUUUAGCAAAAACUACGAUACUAUUAUAUAUGUUAUAAUAUAAUAGUCUUUACCGGUCAAUAUCUAACCUUAACCAAUGUUGACGAACAGCUUUUUGUUAGGUAGCAUUCGCUCUAUAGCGAUACACUUUCACCCCGCAGGGUCGAAGCCUGCGCUCAAUGCCAGUCGGACCAUCGCGCGAUACGCUAGUGUUUCGUCAGCCUCGCCCAAUAGGAGGAAAAUGGCAGAUAAACUGACACAAGAAGAGCGCGACACGCAGCUCCAGCCACUGCUGCAGUCUGGUUGGAAAGUACAAAACAACCGGGAUGCUAUUGAGAAAGAAUUCCAAUUCAAGGAUUUCAACCAGGCCUUUGGCUUCAUGACUAGAGUAGCACUGCUGGCUGAGAAAAUGGAUCAUCACCCAGAGUGGUUUAAUGUGUAUAAUAAACUCCAAGUUACCCUGUCUUCUCAUGAUGUUAAUGGGCUCAGUAAGAGAGACAUCAGAAUGGCAACAUUUAUGGACAAAAACUACAGCAACUAAGUAAAUGAAAAUGUUGAUGCAGAUGAUAAAUAUUUACAUAUAAUGUACUCUUUAUCUGAAGAUAUUAUAUACAGCCUAGUUUUAUAAUGUUAUGUUGCUCAUUGUAUUUAUGUGAUGUGUGAGUUAAAGACAAUACACAGUGUAAUAUAUUUUUAACAGCAUAA